AUGCUCUUGUUGCUUCUGACUGUUGCUUUGUCAGUGGAAGUGAAUGUGAUGCUUCCGCUUGAUGUAGUAGGUUCCAGUGGACUUACCAACAGUGCACAAUUAAAAAAUGAUUUCACCAAGUUAAAAAGUGGAGGAGUAGCUGGUGUGAUGACUGAUGUAUGGUGGGGCUUAGUAGAGACCUCAGCGAAGUCGUACAACUGGGCUGGGUAUACGGACAUGGCCAAACUCGCCAAGGACGCCGGUUUGAAGUUACAAGUAGUGAUGUCAUUCCACAAGUGUGGCGGUAAUGUAGGGGAUACAUGCAACAUUCCAAUUCCAUCAUGGGCUCGUUCUUCUAGCAGUGCUGCGUUCAAGGAUCCACAAGGAAAUACAAACGACGAAUACAUUUCCUUUGGCGCCGACUCCUUGGCUGUUUUUGGAGGAAGAACUCCUUUACAAAUUUAUAAAGACUUCAUGUCUGCUUUUAAGACCAAGUUCGCGAGUUACAUUUCAGAUGGAACAAUUAAUGAGGUUCAGGUAGGUAUGGGCCCAUGUGGUGAGACUAGAUACCCAGCUUAUCCACUUUCAAGAUGGACUUAUUGUGGUGUUGGUGAGUUCCAAUGCUCUGACUCGAACUCGUUGUCUCAAUUGCAAUCAGCUGCAACAGCUGCUGGUCAUAGUGAAUGGGGUAAAGCAUCUCCAUCAAACGCAGGUACCUAUAACUCGAAGCCCCCAUCAUCGACUGGGUUCUUCGGGAGUGGAAGUGAUAACUACAAAUCGGAGUAUGGAAAAUUCUUCUUGAAUUGGUAUCAUCAACAAUUAAUUAAACACGCCGAGAACAUUCUUUCGUCCGCUAAGAGUGUCUUUGGGUCUUUGGCAAUUGCAGGUAAAGUUGCUGGUAUCCAUUGGUGGUACAACGAUAAUAGCCACGCUGCGGAGCUCACAGCAGGGUAUUAUAACACUAAUAGUCAAGACGCUUAUUCAAACAUUGCAAAAGCUUUCAAGAAGUAUGGCGCUCGAUUUGAUUUCACAUGCCUUGAAAUGACUGGCACAGAUUCAAACUGCGGAAGUACUCCAGCUAAUCUUGUAAAUCAAGCAUACACUGCUGCUGGUAGCGCUGGUGCUGUUAAAUGUGGAGAGAAUGCCCUUGAAUUGUGUGGAUAUGGUGGAUGCAAUACUUCAGGGUUCAACCAAAUUGUUUCUCAAGCUAAAAAGUAUGGACUCACUGCUUUCACUUAUCUGAGACUUACUAGAGCUUUGCUUGAUGACGGGACUGCUUGGAGCCAGUUCAAAAGUUUCGUUAACAACAUGAAAUAA